AUGACUGUGGCUGAAGGUCUUUCACAUCUGGUAGCCCUCUACGAUCGAGCAUACAUCAGAACGUCUCUGGCAAAAUUCGGGUUUAUUGCUGAUCAGCAGCUCACAAGCUCCGAUACAGCAAAGCGUACCAUGUCCACCGCUCUGGAGGUCUUCCAAUAUAUGUUGGAAAAGGAUCUCUGCCGCCCGACCGCAAGGACCUGGUCGAUCCUGAUCUGUGGAUUCCUGCGCCAUGAACAACGUGACCAGGCAAAAGAGAUAUUCGAUCUGAUGCAGCUGCAUGGGUUCACAAUUCAGAACGUUUGCGAGGAGUACGUACCUUGGGGUGUCAGCUUGGAAACCCUUGAUCAACGGAAAGAAGAUGUGCUCAACGAGCAAAGCAUGCCUGAUGGCACUGAUCUAUCUUGGAUAGGCGAAAGUCCAGGACUUAGCGCGGACGCUCAGAGCACCCCUCAACUGAAGUUUUGGGAAGCCAUUGCGAUGGAAGAUAUGCUUCCGGAUCCGAUGGAGCCGCAGCUUGCGAUCGCGGCUAGUUAA